AGACCAGGUUCCAGGAUGGAGAACGGAGGCUCGGUGCCUGGGUGGGUUUGCUCUGUCAGAUGCUCAGUUGGCCUCACUUGCCCCUUUGCUUCUUUUCCAGGUGAGGCCAACGCCAUCCUGGCAAAGGCUCAGGCCAAAGCAGAAGCGAUCCGUCUCCUAGCAGCUGCCCUGGCACAGCAGAACGGCAAUUCGGCGGCCUCACUGUCCGUGGCUGAACAGUACGUGAGUGCCUUCUCCAAGCUGGCGAAAGAGUCCAACACUGUCCUCCUGCCUUCCAGCACAGGAGACGUCAGCAGUAUGGUUGCCCAGGCCAUGGGGAUCUAUAGCUCCCUGAGCAAGGCCCAGCCGGCAAAGUCCCCAGAAUCCACGAGCGCCUCCUCCCUCCAGCCACAUCCACCUUCCAGCAUAGAAGAAUCUGAGAUGGAGCAGUCGAGUGCCAGCUAACGGAGAUGCCUGCAGGCACUGGGGCAGAGGAGCAGCUCUCCUCACACCCUUGUGCCUGCUGUGGGACAUCUUUGCAGCCCCUCUCCUUGGACUCUUGUGUCCUCCCCACCAACACACACACACACCCCUUUGUUUUCUAAUUUGAAUUGAAUCAUGUAAUAAAGGGAGAUGAGCAGG